AUGUCGCAGUAUAGGAAGAGUGAUGACUCGACCAUUUGCAGCUGCAAGAUUAAAACAGACAGCUCCAAGUCAAUGGGGCUCUUCGUAAACCAGCGCAACCUCCCCAGUGUAUUGGAGGGAAACUACGACGAGGCCGUAGAGUCAUUCACAUCCAGCGAACCACGGAUGAAGAUUAAGAGACGACCUGAAAACUGCCCGUUUUCUCCCAUUUUCUUCACUACCGCUAAACCACCUAAUUUUCUGCAGAGUCUGCAAGUGACUGAAGAAGAGCCAUUAGGAGGCUAUUCUUUUGAAAAUACGGAUCCAAAUGACCUUGGAAAGGGCGUUCGCCUGGCCUCCUCUACAGCUCGCAGUGAACUGUCUGCAGUGACGGCUUCUCAGCUGCCAACAACUACCGCAAAGAAGAGGCCAGGCAGCAUCUUGAAGGAGAGUAUGGAUUCACUGGACUUGAGUGGCAGGUCCCAUCUGCCUGACACUAUGAGGCACCUCAUUGAGCGCAUUAUUAAGCGCCAGUACUCCCAGCAUGAAAUCAUUCAGACAACCACCUCUGUCCUCACCGAACAUGCGGAUGUAGAUGUCAUUCAUUUGCAUUUACGGGAGAAGAACGAUGAAACUUAUGCGAAGCAAAUAGUUCAAGCUGAAAAGUGCGUCCUUUUUCUGGUCGAUCUGGAAAAGCAGGAACUCAUUUCCACCAUUGUCGAUCAUGGUGGCCUUUAUCAGACCAAUUUUGUGAAUGUGGAGCCGAUUAGAGUUCCUCUAAAUGUUGGAGUAUUUGGUCAUGUAAUACAUACGAGCGAGUGUCUGGUGACCAACGACCCUCAAUCAAAUGAUGACUUCUAUCACCAUGAAGGAAUUUUCAGUGAAAACUUUCGAAUUCUCAACAUGGUUACCGCUCCAAUCAGAGUCAGGAAUGAAGUAGUGGCUGUGCUACAACUGUUCAACAAGACACCUGGUGAAUUUGACACUAAUGAUGUGGAAAACAUCAAAGACUUUUCAGUCUUCUGUGGACUCGCGCUCUACAUUUCAAAAAUGUACGAAAAAAUGUUCCGAUCAGAGCAGAAGUGCCGAAUAACCAUGGAAAUCAUGCUUCAUCAUAAUCUCGCCUCAGAUAGUGAUGUUGUAGAGUACUCCGUGCACGAAAUACCGGACAACAUUCCUGGAAUCACGGAACCAUUGUUCUCCCCGUGGCAUAUGCCUGAUGAAGAAAUGCCCGCAGUCUUUAUUUACAUGGUUCACGAUGUUAUGGGUAAAUCGGUAAUUGAUCUCCACACCCUCAUUCGAUUUACACUGACAGUAAGGAAGAAUUACCGCGACGUGAUUUACCACAACUGGUUCCAUGGAUUCUCGGUAGCUCACGGUGCCUACGUAGAGAUUAAACGAGAAGACUGUAAUUUCACUCAAGUCGAAAAACUCUGCAUCCUCAUCGCUGCCCUGUGCCACGAUCUUGACCAUCGAGGAACCGAUAACAGCUACCAACGCAAAAAGGGUACACCACUGGCCACUCUCUACUCGACUUCAAUCCUCGAGCAUCAUCACUUCAACAUGACUCUCACCAUUCUCCAGCAACCUGGAAAUCAAAUCUUCGCUCACGUUGCUGGAACUUCGUACUAUGAGAUUCUGAUGAUAAUAAAACACGCAAUUUUGUCUACUGAUCUCGGCCGACUGGACGCCUCGAAGGAAGUGGUGACGGACAUUUUGGACAAACGCGGUGCCAUCGACUGGGACAACAAAGAUCACAGAAUGGCGACAGUGGCCAUUGCACUACCAGUUGCAGAUUUAUGCUCCAUGUACAAACCGUGGGAGGUGCAUAAAAAGGUCGUUCUCCUCGUUAUGGAAGAAAUGUGGGCACAAGGAGAUGAAGAGAAGAAGAACGGUUUCAUUCCAAUGGACUUAAUGAAUCGUGACCUCUAUUAUCAAAUUCCAGAAAUGCAGUCCAACUUCUACAAGGUCGUGUGUCUACCGCUCUUUCGACUGAUAACUCGGGCCAUACCUUCACUGAUGGACAUUCCAAAUCAGGCCUUUGCGAAUUUCUCUCGAUGGAUGGAGAUGUGUCUCCUGCCUGAGAGUGUAAAACGGGAAAGAGUCAACGAGUUGAUCCAACGCCGAUCACAAAGAACCACUGCCACCACCGACUCUAUCUGA